UUGUUUUUUCAGGCUGCUGGAUGUAUAACCAGGCCAGAAAACCGCUGACAUGAUCCACCACGGCUCCCCCGUCUCGACAGAAAUGGUGGAAACCUCCUCCUCCCAGCACUGCUUCCUGCAGCAGCCCCCCAAGGAGACCCCCUGCGUAGCCGACCAGGACUCCGUCUCCUCCAUGGAGAAUGAGUGGUCCCUUCAGAAGCUGAAGGAGCGGUUCCAUGCGAUGGACAUCGAAGGUCUGUACCGGCGGUACUGCGAGAGACUGAAGCACUCCCUCCUGCUCAUUCUGCUGCUGCUGUUUGUGGCCAACGGAGUCAUCCUCCUUAUCCUCUUCUACCUGGAAAACAAAUCCUUCAAUGAGCACUUUGAGAUUCCUGUAAUCAUUGGGUCUUUUGAUAAGCACUUUGAGAUUCCCGUGAUCAUCGGGGUCACGGCCGCCAUCCUGCUGGGGAUCUUCCUGGUUCUGCAGUUCUCCCGGCUGCUGCACAACUUCAUCACGCUGGUGUCCCUCUUCAUCUGGCUGCUUCUGCUGGGCGGGGGGCUUGGCUUCAUGUUCUCACAAAGGCACACGAAGCUACCCUACAACGACGUGGGGUACUUCUUCAUCAUUACGUUGGUGUCCUACACCAUGCUGCAAAGAAAAUGUAGGCAACACUAA